AUGAUGGGAUAUCAGCAGCCACCAAUGGCACCGCCAUUAAAUUAUAUAACACCAAAACCAGCCAAACCAUUACCUCCAUCUUCUAUCCCACCACGUGGCUAUAGGCAUGCUAGAAAACCAAUUCCGUUUCCUGGAGUGCCACAAGUACCUGAUUCAUUCAAUUUUCCGAUAUUAAAUGAAAUGAUGACAUUCACAACAGCAGCACCACAAUCAGAACAUCACAGAAUUCAAAUGAUGCCUAAAAUGACGAAAGAAUAUAAUUUACAACACCAAACAAACUCUCAAAUAUUCUUCCAUGCAAUCACUCAUCCAUCAAAAGAAAUAACAUUACCAGAACAGCCGAAAGUGGAAACAAGUACUGUUUUUGUUCCUCACACAGAUCAGCCAUUCAUCCCAGAAGUUUCAUACUUCUCAGUAAAUGAAUUAGAAAACCCGCCAGAAAUACCUCAAGAUCAAGAAUCAUAUUAG